AUGGGUACGGACAGUGUUCCACUGAAGACUGGUGACGCUAUCGGAGUUCGUCAACAGCGAGUGCAUCCCAUCCGAUCCGACGUGGAUAUUGCUGCGUUUGGUGAUACGAUGAAAGAUUCAUCAACUCACACCGAAUCGUACGGGCAAUCAUUCGCCAACGGUCCAGGUAGCGCUGUGAAGUUCCCGCCCGUGGUUGGAAUUUAUCGUCCACCGGCGGCAAGACGGGCACUGAAUUUAGCGGAAAACUUUGUGCAUCAGCUUGCACCACCGGCCGCCUGUGAACAUCCGAACGAUUAUGGUCAUUUAGCACCGGCACCAUCUCGCCACCAACAUCAACAAGCACAGGUGCAGCUUCUGCUACUACAGAAAACUGCGAGCGGUACCGAACCGGACCAGCUAUUACUCGCACCAGAUUCCAGAGAAGGCCAUCUGCUAAGAAAGGAUAAAGCGAAAACGUGCGAAAAAACUGGUCCCACCGGACAGGAACAACUGCAGACAAAACUUCCGGAAGGUGCGAUUGGAGGAAGUACCGACAGUAGUAGCACCGGAAAUAGUACCAAUAGAAACAGCGACGGAAUCACUUCGCCUAGUGGAAGGACCAAUCGACCUCCUCGCGAACGACGUCCAGAUCGGGCAGUGUAUGUACCGCGUGCUCGCCGUAGCUUAACAACGCCUCCAACAGUAGCUGCAGCCACAUCUCAACCACAAUCUUUACCUGCUGAACAUACAUCCCCAGUUAAGGGCUUUUUGUGCACAGCCGCGGCAACCAACCGUGUGCAGCAGCUUCCCGAACUGGGACCAUCGACUGGGUCGGUGAUACAAAAAACCUUCCAACCAGUGUCUUCCAAAGAAAUUGUAAAGUUAAAAGAAAGUAAAAGAAAGGUAUUGGAACUUACCACAGUCGGGCAGCUGAUAACCAGCGGAAAUACUGACACACUGAACUGUGAUACUGUGAUAAAGGAGGCUCCGUUAAACGCUCACACAACCGUGGGCGGUGAGGUUUCAUUAGAUUCGUUUAAAAAACGAAACAUUAGUCUAGAAGAAAACCCACAACAACGGCAGGAACUUCAAAGUUCUAUUACAGGAUUGGUUGAGGUGGAGGACUGUGGACAGGAAAUUUCUCAAGAGCAUUCAGAUACCAAACCAUUCGAAACAACCGUAACGAUGCAUCGCAAAAAUCAACGGAACAACGGAAGUCGUAAUGUGCGAAACGAGACCAGUACGCCAUCACUACUUUCCACUAUGCUCAUUACCGAUCCUAGCAGUGCAGUGAAGAUCAAUUGGGAUGAGAAUGAAUUGAGACGUAUUUCGCAGGAAAUUAAUCGCAGCAAUCGUCGCAUUAUGAAGCAAACGUUCAACUCGGACGUAUUGGAAAUUGAUGAUCCUGAACCGACUCCAAUGCCGACCGUACAGAAAUCAGCGAAAGUUAAGCGUACACCUGCGGCAACCACUGCGACGGAGAAGGUUGAGGUGGGACCGAAGCCAACUGAACCAUCGGAAAGUUUGACAGUUGUUUCGAACGGAACUACCACAAGCAACGGUAGUACAGCUGGCGGUGAAGAGGACGAAGAUGAUUGGGAAUCAAUGUAUGAUGAUAAUGGUGAUUGUUUGAAUCCUAAAAUGCUCGAGGAACUUACGACGGCUGUGGGGAAAGUGUCGAUUGAAACGCCCCAAUCGGAUUAUAAGUUAUUCGAGACGAAGCAGGCUGUGCUGAAUGAGGAGGAGUUUCCACACGUGCUGGAAGUGUCAAAUUUUCCGGCUGAAUUCAAGACCCAGGAUUUGAUGAUGCUGUUUUCGCAGUACAAGGAAACUGGGUUCGACAUCAAAUGGGUCGACGAUACUCAUGCGUUGGCAGUGUUUAGUAGCUCCAAAAUUGCUGCUGAAGUACUCACUACAGGCCUUUCGUUUGGGCGCGUGAAGCCACUGGCCGAGGCAACGGCAGAAUCACGAUCCAAAGCUCGCAAAUGUUCUAGCUCGCUGCAGCCGUACCGCGCCCGUCCCGAAACGUGUGCCGCAAUGGCACGAAGAAUGGUAACGUCAGCGCUCGGUGUGAAGCUAAAAACAGCACCGGAGGAACGCGAAAAUGAACGUCGAGUUCUGCGUGAAGCCAAAGAACGAAAGAGGCUUGCUGCGAAGCAACGCGACGAGGUAUGGGACAGCUAG